AUUUCCCUUUGCUGUUAGUAUAGCCGUGCAGUACUGGUGCUAAAUGAGUGUGCUCGGCAGCAACCAAAGAACCCAGCUCUACUGUUGCAAGCAGCGCGCAUCUGCAUAGAAUACCUCUAUCAGUAUAAUGAGGGGAUUGACUUUGCUGAACGAGCUAUAGCCAUUGAGGGGGACCAUCCCCUCCGGUCACGCAUCUAUGUUAUGAUGGGUGUCGGCUACAGUAUGAAGGCCAAUGAUAUGAAAAUGCAAGAAGAACGACAGAAACAAAACAGAAACGCCAUGAACGCUUUCUAUAAAGCAUUUCAAGAAGAUCCUAAUGAUUUCCUAGCAUCAUUCCAUUUGGCAUUACAAUUAGCAAUCCAACGACAGAUUUCUGAUGCUGUGCAUUUUGUGCGUAAUGCUUUGAAACAGUGCAGCGAUCAUAUUCAUUCUCUACAUCUGCUUGUGCUGCUGCUAUCUGCCCAGAAGCAUUAUGAAGAAGCUGUGCAGUUUCUUGAGACAGCUCUACAAGAAUAUCCUGAAAACAUAAGUUUGUUGCUAACUAAAGCUAGACUUGAAGAAGUAUGUCUUGGACCAGAAGAAGCUUUGGUUACGUGCAAACAUAUGUUGAAACUAUGGAAAGAUUUACAUGAAAUUCAUCAAGAAGAUGGUUUUGAAUCACAGUCAAGAGGACAUAUUGAUCGAACAGCAUUUGACAAAAGGAGUUUAGCUCAAAUGCAACUGAAUGAAGUCAGUGAUCGAGAUUCUGGAUCAAUUCGUGCAGAAUCAAUAGCUGCAUCUCGUGUGGAGCAUGCUUUGUCUGAAGUGGCUUCUUCUAUGAACAGUUCCUACGUCCCACGCCAUGGUUCUCAACAGAUUUGGAUGCUACAAGCUCAGAUAUGGUUACAUUUAGCUGAACUUUAUCUCAGUUUAGACCGAACAACAGAAGCUGAAUCCUGCGUACAGGAAACUUCUGCCAUAUUUCCACUAUCUUACCAAGUAGCUUUCAUGAAGGGACGUGUCCUUGAACAUAAGAAACGUUUCCAAGAAGCUAAGGUGUAUUUUGAAAAUGCUAUCUCCAUCAAUCCUGGCCAUGUAAAGAGUCUAGAGCAUUUAGGGAAUGUAUUACAUAACCUAGGAAAUGACCGAAUGGCUGAGAAGGUGCUCCGUGAGGCAGUAAAUGCUGAUACUAAAUCACAUCAAUCUUGGUACUGUCUUGGUCAAGUGUUACACAGCCUUGGUCAGUAUGAGGCUGCAAGUGACUGUCUCCAAUUUGCUAUGGACUUAGAAGCUAACAGUCCUAUCAUUCCAUUCACUGUCAUUCCACGCCUGUUGCACUGACUGGUAUGUUACCGAGAAAUGUCGAAAUGAAAUGUCAUGCUUGUUCAGAAGGAUCAGCUAAUUUCCUGCUGCCUGUGUCUCCUCUCCACCCUACUGCUGCUUACCACAGAAGUAAAUCAUGUUCUAGACACCAAAACCAGCCACCACACAAACAAACAGACAGACAAUCUACCCCAGCUAACCAGCCUGUUCAGAUGCCAAUAAAGUGGAUGGCUGGGUAGGUAGACAGCUACAGGGAAUGCAGUUAAUGUGCUACUUGUUUAGUAUGUCAAGUGAAGUUAACAAUAAAGUAUUCACUGGUAUCUAUCACCAUCCAGCAGGUGUAAAACCAUAGCAGCGAAGAUGAAUAGUUCCACACAACAUGCAUCAUAAUAAUGGCUGCCUGCUUGGAUAUGUGUGUUUUUGCUGUGCACGAUGACAACAGAGGGUGUUAUUUUUUUGUACAUUUUAACAGCAAUUCAAAUGGUUGUUGUUGUUAUUGUUGUUAUUGUUAUUAUUGUUGUUAUUUUAUUACUACAAUUACUACUACUAUAAUGAUAAUAUUAAUUAUUAUUAAUAAUUACUACUACGAUUAAUAAUAAUAUUAAUAAUAUUAAUAUUGUUAUUAAUAAUAAUAAUGAUAAUGAUAAUAUUUUUAAUCGUAAUGAUGAUUAUUAUUAUUUGCAGUAAUAAUAACAAUAAUUUAUUAUUAUUAUUAUAGUUGUUGUUACUUCUAUUCUUACUAUUAUUACUAAUAAUACCACUACUAAAAUGAUUAUUAUUAGCAGUAACAGUAAUAGCAAUCAUUUGUGUUGUUGUUGUUGUUACUCUAAUUACUAUUUCAUUCUUCAUUCGUGACUGAGAUGGUGACCACAAACACUGUGAUACAAUCUUGUACCAACGAAGAAACAAAAAAAAAAAAGAAAAGAAAAAAAAAGAGGAAAAGAUCAAGAAAAAGAGAAAGCUUGUCUUCUCUUCCAUAUUA